UGUGUCACUCUGGGGCAGCAGUAGUAGCAGCAGCAGCAGCAGCCAGCGGGACUGAGUCGCAGCUCGGUUCUGCAACUAGUACGGCACCGUAUGUCCAAACGGACGUACAGUAGCAGCUCUUGCUCAAAUCCCCGCCCAAUCUAUUUUGUUCUUUCUUUUAUUUUCUCAUUCCUGACUUCGCUUUCAUCAGCAUCAUCAGCAUCAUUCACUUUCCGCUUUUCCUUUUCUUGCCUUGCCUCUGAUGCUGAGCCCCGCCUCGAGCUACAGUACUUGAGGCCGCAACCUCCACAAUCUUUUUAUUUCAAAUACACGCCCAUCCCACGCUUCUAGACUUUUUUAGGAGCUCGAACUUGUACACUGGCAGAUCUUGCCGGUCGUGCGAACAUCGUGGAUGACGCCGCCGCUUUCCAGGGC